AUGCCCGUUCAUAAUGCUUUAUUUUUAGAGAUGAAAUUAGAAAAAAACAGCUACUUUUCAACUAUAGAUACUAGCAAAGCUAAUUUAUUUAAUUUGGCUUUUGAAUUUAUGAUAUAUUAUCCUGCUUGUGAAGAAAAGUAUUAUGAAAUGUAUAGAAUCUUUGAUAUUCAAAAGCAAUCGGCUAAAGUAUCAAUUUCAGCUAAAUCUCCUGAAAAAUUGAUUGAUCAGAUUUACCAAGAAGAUUUUUCGGUUAUAGCAUAUAAUGAAUACUCUAAGUCAAGUAUUGAUUUAAAUCUGAAUUUAAUUGUAAAUGGAGCUUUUAUUUGAUAUAAUGAAAACAGCCAGUUAAGCAUUAAAAAAGAGAUUGAUUAUAAUGAUCACUAUGAAAUCGAUUUAAGUAAUCUUUUUAAUGGACAAGAGAUUGAGAUGGCUCUUAAUGUAAAUGAUAGAUAUGUCGAUAAUCAAAAUGGAAUUCUAGCUCCAGCUUAUGUAAACAAAAGGACUGAAAUUACUGGGCAUUAUAAUUCUUCUGGUAUCUUGUGUCACUAUAUUCUGAUAUCUGGAGCUGAUAUCCAAGUCAUUACAUCAGAUGGAGCUUUAAUUCUUACGCAAAUUACGAAAAAUAAUAGCGAAGGCAUUUCUCUUAAUCUAUCAGAAAUUUUUAAUGCUGAUAGCUUAAAAUGUAGUUUGAUUGACAAUUUUGAGCAUACUAAAAACUCUCAUACGCUUAUUGUGACAACUUGUGAGCAUAAAGUUUAUUCACUUAAUGAUACUGGCAUAUUUAGUAUGAAAAAACUAUUAAUCUUAUGGGAAUUUGACUAUAGUUUAUUUGCAAUAAAAUCAUAUAAAUCGCUCCCUUUAGGAUAUCGCCCAGUAAACUUAAAAACUCUUACUUUAGAUAAUACAAAUUUCGAAAUUUUGGUGUCAGAGUCUUACACAAAUAUAAAUUUCGAAAAGAAAAUAUUAAGAUUUCGAGGCUCAUGAAUAUUGGGAGAUAUAAAGCUCCAACAAGUAGAAAUAAUCAGCUCUGCCUCCUUAAAAUUACCUAGCUUUCGUUCAUGCAUUUUUGAUGGAAUUGCUGCGGAUUCACAAACAGCUUAUUGAUAUAUACUAGACGUGGCAUACGGCUUAAGAGUUUUAAAAGCACAUGAAAAUAAUUUAGAAAUUAUCACAGGAUUUCCUAUAAAAUCGUUAAAAUUUUUUACCUCAAUAGGAGUUUGUGGUAACUAUUUAUAUAUCGCUGAUGAAUCCCUCAAAAAAUACUCAAUAAAAAACUAUUCUGAGUUAGCAUUAAUAGAGGAAUACUAUUUAAACCAUAUAUUAACUUCAUCAUAUUCAAGAGUAGCUUGCUCAGCAGAUGGAAAAUAUGUAGCUUUAUACUUAUUUAAUGGCAUAGGUUUAUCAGUUCGAAUAAUUGAUACUUCAGCAGAUCCUUCUUCUUCUCACGUGCACGAUAUUGAGAUAAAUAAUGAUGCUGUGCUUUCAGAAAUAAAUGAGGUGAAAUUUAUGAAUUUAAACACUUUUUUUGUUGUUCGUAAACAUAAAUUUUUGGCUAUUCAAAUAAAUCCUAUUAUGCUAUACAUUCCAAAAUUAAAUGAAAGUGAAUAUAAUGAAAUGAUUGAAGAAUGAGGAACAAAUGCAUUUGAUGUUUUUUUGACAGCUAAAAAUAAAGAUAGCCAAGCCAAUUCUACAGUCAUAAGUUUUAGAAGGAUGCCUAUAGAAAAGAAGGAGAAAACUAAUUCAUUUAGAUUAAAAUAA